AUGUCACGACUUACCCCAAAGAAUGUACAUCAGCGGCCCACGGUGGCCCUGCUGUGUGGACCACAUGUCCAGGGCGCUCAGGGCAUCAGCUGUGGCCGACACUUGGCCAACCAUGAAGUGGAGGUCAUCCUUUUCCUGCCAAACUUCGUCAAGAUGUUGGAGGCCAUCACCAGUGAACUUGCACUUUUUGGGAAGACGGGAGGCAAACUGGUUUCUAAUGUGAAAGACUUGCCCGAGACGCCAGUUGACCUGGUCAUAAACUGCCUGGAUUCGCAUGAAAACGGAUUCUUGAGGGAGCAGCCCUGGUACAAGGCCGCCGCCGACUGGGCCAAUCAGAACCGAGCCCCGGUACUGAGCAUCGACCCUCCAGUAAGUGGACAGGCACAUGCCGUGGAAGCAAAAUGGUCACUUUCCCUGGGCCUCCCGCUGCCUCUAUCUGACGGUGCCGGCCGAGUCUACCUGUGUGACAUUGGCAUUCCCCGACAGGUGUUCCAGGAAGUGGGGAUCAAAUACCACUCCCCCUUCGGAUGUAAAUUCGUCAUCCCGCUGCACUCCGAAUAAGCCGUUGACUUUCACGGUCAAGGCUCACUGAACCUGCCUUAAAGAUUUUAAGAAUGAAUGGACCUCGGUUUGAUUGUUGCAACAGAACUGGAACUUCUCAGUCUGUAUUUCUCUCAAGUUCUUCUAUACUUCUGUGAUGAUUCCCAUCAAAGGGAAGUGACGGAAACGAUACCAGCUCUUGUGACAAACCUGAUACGUUAAAAGCAGAACCAACAUCAGUGUACUCGCCAUCUGAUGCAUUCUAACAGUCUUAUAAUAAUCUUUCAAACAGCCAUUUUAAUACACAAGGCUGAUUUUUUUUUGGGAUGAGACAACUUUCAUAACCCAUUAAAUGUGCAGUUAUGCCAAAAAACAGCAACUGGCUUACACUUAAUGUGACUUGAUUGGUCUUAUGGCAUUUUUGAAUCUUAUUUUAUCUCAAAUGGAAGAAUUCGCUUUUAGUUUAUAAUCGCAUAUGCUGACUUAAAUUUUUCCCAUAGAAAAUGUGCAUUAGAUGGGGGUUUCAUCUUUUUCCCCCUUUUUGUGCCAGAUUGAUCAAAGUCAGUGUUAAGGCACUGAGAUUGUCAGUUUAUUGCAUGCAAAAUUACUUGCAAAGUGUUAUUUGCUUUGUUGACCAAGUCCAGAAAUAUGACAGAUUGACUGGGAUCUUAUCAGUGAUAAAUUGUUGCACUCUUGAAUGGUAAGAUAAGUGUACUAAAAAAAAUAGUUUGUGAUAUUGGUUGCUAUUGGACCAAUACUAACCAUUUUAAGCUGUCGUUGGCCAAUACCACCAGUUUUCUUAAGCUAAAAUUCAUUGCUGUGCUUUACCGCAUUUCCAUUAGUUUCAGUUCUCAGUGCUCAAAAAUAAGCAGCUUAUGAAAUCCUGUUUUAAAUGGGUUUCAUAUUGAGUCAGCAUGGCUUGUUUGGUUAGAUCAAACAAGGAUCUUUUAUUAAGAAAGAUGCUCCAUGUGUUGCAAUAAACCUGCUUGCUGAAAUCGAUUCGUGAUUUUCUUAUAGGUUGUAUUAUUAUGCACACAAACCCAUUACAAAGCAAAAGGUCAGUGUGUGCUGCACACUCAGUUCUUUUGGGUAAUGAAUGAGUUUUUCAAAAGCACUGAUAAGGACAGUUGAAAUAUUUGUUUGAAUCUGCAGGUUACCGUAUGCCUUCACAGUUAAAAUGAGAGGCACUUGUGACACGCAAAUCCUCUAUAAAAGAUCCAUAUGCAACAAUAA